GAAAUCCACGUCUCGUGACCCCAGAACGGCAGCACGUGAUAAUGAGUCAGGCACUGUUUUACAGCUGGGUUUGCGGUUGUCGUUAAACAGCCUAGUCCACGGAAAUACUCUCACCCUGCCUGAUUUGUGGCUGUGAAGAAGAACUUAAUACGGCCUGGGCUACAACAUCAAGUAAAGGCAAACUAUAGCAAUGGGAAAGGGACGUGGCCGCGGUGAGGGAACCAGCAAACCAGGAGCCGUCCUGAGUCGGGAAAGUUCGGCAAACGUCGUCGGCAGCCCGAACGUGCGCAUAACAUUUCAAAAUGCCAUCAAGGAGAAAUCCAUCGUGGAGACUUACAUCCUGGCCCUUGCUCUCGGACUCUUUGGAGCGCAUCAUUUCUACCUUGGUCGCACAGGAUUUGGCUUGGCCUAUUUCUUCACGUUUGGAUUACUGGGUAUCGGGUAUGUGGCCGAUCUGUUUCGUAUCCCGUGCCUCGUGGCCGACACAAACAGGAAGUUACGUGAGCCAUCGACUCGGCAUGAGAAAUCCGUGAUUGACGCAUACCUUCUCUGGUUUCCAUGUGGAUUUUUCGGAUUCCAUCAUUUCUACCUGAGGAAUUACGGACUGGGCCUGCUCUACGUGUUCACCUUCGGUGUAUUCGGGAUUGGCUGGCUUAUCGAUGCCGUUCGUAUUCCCUUCAUGGUGGACGAAUUCAAUGACCGAGUCAAAUCGAACGAUUUGAGCCUUCACACAAAAAACAGCUUCGAUGGCUACCUGUUCGCGUUGUCUCCCCUUGGCAUCCUAGGGGGCCAUCACUACUACUUGAACCGGCCAGUUUGGGGCAUUCUCUACUCGUUCACGUUUGGUUUGAUGGGCGUUGGUUGGGUGUUUGACUGGUUCCGCAUACCGUUCUUGGUGCGACGUGCAAACGAGCCUCUACAGCCUACCUUGACGAGUUCGGAUGUGGUCAAAAAUGGCGACAAGAAAUACCUGGACGACGCUUACAUUCUGCUGUUCCCCUUCGGUUUCACGGGCUUACACCACUUCUACUUGAGGCGCCAUGGUUGGGGGGCUCUCUACUUCUUUACAUUUGGAGUCCUUGGGAUCGGGUACCUGAUAGAUUAUUUCCGGCUGCCCUGUCUAGUCAGCGAGUACAAUAGGGCUCGAGAUGAAAACCGCAGAAUCGCCACGAACUUCUUGUCAUCGCAGCAACCAGGGGGCGCUUCUGUGAUAACCGUGACGUCGACUUCCAUCAUGCCUCAGGGCGGUAUUUCCGGUUCCGUUAUGCAACCUCCACCACAGGUGUGGAGCCCGGGGGCGUUCACCAACUACCCUCCACAACAGUACCCGGGAGCCAUUUACCCAGUUUUGCCCGGUCCGACAUCUCCGGAACAGCCGCCAUCUUACGUAGAGGCCAUGGGAAGGGGAAGUGCACCUUACCCGGCUGCCAUGCCAACACCGCAAAGCCCGCCGCGAUACGGAAGCACAGAUCAAAGUGACACGACACAAAAGAGCAAGAUAUAGACAAUGGCGAUGAGAGCAUUAUGAAGACAACAACAUGAAGAAUGUUUUGUGAAAAGAACUUCAAAUGUAUCCUGUGAAAACUCUAUUGUUAUGGAUAGGCAUAAAUUGUUCAUAAAUUUAAGGUGAUUGCUACCUCAGCUCUUGAAUAGUUUCUUACAUCGCGAUACUGUUCAAAAACAAAUGAAGUUAACGCACACUUGGGACCUGCCCUUAACUUUCAAAGCCAAUGACCAAUGUCUUUUGAUAUUUUUUAGAUCUUUAAAGUUAGUCUGUGUUAUUUAAUCGAAGGCAAGGUUUAUUUUAAAUAUUUGAGCUACGUGUACAUCGUGGGUGGUUUUGAAUGGUUUUAACAAUAGUUGAUUCGUUUAAGCAAGAGCAAGAGUAAGAGUAAGUUUAACUUGUUUAAGCUUGGAAGAUCGUAAAAUUACAUUUUAUCUCCACAGAAAGUAAAACAAUGUCAAAGUGUUAAUGGAAUUCUGUAACGUGAGUUGCUGUGCACAUGUUAUCGUGGUACGCCCACCGUCAUCUAAACAACUGUAUCUGGCUUCGCGCUAAUACAUAUUAAUACAGCUGGCAUCAGUUCCACACGUGUAAAAGAAAAAGCAAAAAAUUUUCCAUUGCCAAAGGACUUGAGCCUUUCCCUGUAGGGCUCCUGCAUGACGCUCACGCGACUACAUUUAGCCGUAGCUUUUCAGGAUAGGCUGAUAGAGUGCUGAAUUUCAGACACCGAUGUGGCAAACAGAGUAAACUUAAACGGAUUUAGUGCUGAGUCGGGCAGAUUUAAUGCUGAGUCAGGCAGAUGUAGUGCCGAGUCUUUCACAUCUAGUACUUAGCCUGGCACAUUUAGUGCUGACUCAAAUGGACUCACUCCUAAAUUAAUCACGAUACUUUUUUUUUAAGUGGAUGUUUCCAAUUUUAAAUCAAAUUUCGUCAGUGAAUCAACAGAACAGCUUUGGUUUAUGCUGAAGACAUCUAUAUGUGGAGUACGAAGACGUGUGAGUAUGUCAUUAUACGGCUGUUUCUGUGAUAGUUUCACAACCACCUCUAUAAUAAUCCCUUAUAACCUUACUAUAAACACGCUUCUGGACUUCAGAUGUACUUAUAGCGGUGUUGUCUUGAUGAAGAUGCUUAAAUCCCAUGUCGCACGUGGGAAGGUCUGCCAGCAACCUGCGGAUGGUCGUGGGCUCUACACGGUUUCCACCCACCUUAAUGCUGGUGGCCGUCGUAUAAGAGAAAUAUUUUUGAGUGCGCGUCACACACCAGUCAAAAAAUGAAUGAAUUAAUUCAAUCCCAUGUAAUUUGAUCUGAAUUUUUGUGUUGCGAAUGUCGUAUUGUAAAUCUACCAUAAAUCAUCUGUGAUACCUAAAAUAGGCAAUAACAACUUAUCAACAUUUUACUUUUAUUACACGAGUGACCGUUUGAUACAGACUUUUAGAUUCAUUUGUGAGGAGUUUUGUGAUUGUUUUUGUUGCGAUUGUUUUUGUUGCGAUUUUUUUGUUGUGAUUGUUUUUGUGACGAUUGUUUUUGUAGUGAUUUAUGUCUCAUGUGCAUAUGUAACAUUUAUAUACAGCAAUUAAUAUACCUGCUAAUAAGAUGUGUCUGGGAACAAAAAAAGAAAAGAUGAAAUUCAUUAUCGAUGUUUUCGGUAUGUCGAUCAUGGUGUUGCCACAUGUUAGCCACGUGUACAUCUUACUUGCGGUGCUGACACUACGCUUGACUCCUUUCAACAUAGUAACUUGAUUGUUGAUUUUAUAGAAAGCUAAGGCAAAGUAUACCACGUGGCGUUAAAGUGGUUUCCCGCCAAAUAUAACUUCUGUAAGGUGUUUUUCUUGUGCAUUUUGUGUGAGGAUACUUUAUUAACAUUCAGAAUGAGAUCUUUAAAAUCAAACGUUACCAUGGUUAUGUGGGUUUGAAAUGAAACACAAUCAUGACUGUUUUCAGGUUAACCGAGACGAUCAGAUAACACCAUGUAAUUUGUCAUCCGCAGAUCCCGGUCUAUAGUUAAUAACAAUUUGUGCUAUAAAUCAUACAAUUACACAUUUUCCUUAUUUCAUCGAAUCAUAUUCCUUGUUUUGAUAAAAUAAAUAAAUUACCAUAUGGUUUGUUAUAAAUUGAAACCGGUUUUAAAUACAGUACAUGUAAGAUUUCUCUGCUGUAGCAUCAUUUGUUUGAUAUUUACUAGUUUUUAGAAACGGAAAAGAAAGCUUGGUGUUCAAAAACACAGACUUUUUUCAGAGCUAUUUUUGUGUAUUUGAAACUUAGUGCGUAUUAAAAAAAAAUGCGUGUAAGAACUA